AUGCAUAGCAUCCACAAUAAUGUCAUCACAGAAUUUGACACGAGAAUUUACGAUGAUUUGGAACAUCGAAAUCUCUAUGUGUUGGACAUGGACUGCAACUACAGUCUUGACUUUUUACGAAAGGUGGAUUUGAAUAGAAUGUUCGUCGCACCGAUGAGGUGGCUGCUCCUGCAGGAUCAAAGAACACUAAACGAUAACGAUGAUAAUGCCACACACAAUUUGACUUUUACAUAUGAUAAUUCGAUUACGGAGAUUUUCGAAGAUUUAGCCGUCUAUCCUGAUAGCGACGUUGUCUUCGCAAAAAGAUUAAACGGUGAUUUUGUACAACUAACAUCUGUAUAUCGGCCCAGUCCACAGCGAGAAGUCAUAUGGGAAGAUCGCGGAAAUUGGACAGUCGAGAAUGGUCUACGGAUGAAAACUUUCGACGUGGCUUCUGCACGCAGAAGAAAUCUUCAACAAACGACUCUUAAAACUACUGUUGUGUUAACAAACCUCAAAAGUGUCAAUUAUUUGGAUAAUUAUGAAGACCCACAGAAAGAUCCAACUGGAAGGGCUAAUUUUAACUGGGUACGCCAUAUAGUAAAUCGGAUGAAUGCAACGUUAAAUGUCACAGUUGAGAAUUCAACACAUUGGGGAAAUGUGUUCAAAAAUGGGACCAGUAAUGGACUGGUCGGGAUGCUAAUUCGACGCGAAAUUGAUAUCAGUGGUAUUCAUAUGCCUUUCCUGCACGAUCGACUCGAUAAAGUAAAAUAUAUCAACUUACACACGAAUCUUGGCAUGAAAUUUAUAUUUCGACAACCGUUAUUAUCCAGUGUGAAAAAUAUCUUCAUCUUACCCUUUGAAAGAAAUGUUUGGAUAGCAAUCGCAGUAUUCCUUCUUGUCGUUUUUUGCUUUUUAUACAUAUCUAUGAAAUGGGAAUAUUAUCGAAAUACAAUGAAACAAUCGGCAGCUACCUGGAAAGAUACUCAUAUCGGCAAUCCGACACUAGGCGAAGAUUUUCUCAUUCUUUUAGGCGCAUGUGCUCAACAAGGUUAUUCGUACGAACCAUAUAGAUUUUCAACUCGAAUCAUCACUCUUAUGUUAUUGGUAGCCUCAUUAAGUCUUUACACGGCUUACACAGCAAAUAUCGUAGCUCUUUUGCAAUCUCCUGGAAAUUCAAUCAAAACUGUUUCCGAUCUCUUGCAUAGUCAUUUAAUUCUCGGUGCGCAAGAUUACAUAUUCGUUCAUUAUCUGUUCAAGAGUUAUCAAGAUCCCGUUAGGAAAGCGAUUCUUGAAGAAAAAAUUGAGCCGAAAGGACACAAGGCCAAUUGGAUGGAUGUAGUAGAUGCAACACCUCGCAUAAGAAAUGAAUCAUUCGCAUUUCACGGAUCAGAAACUCGAAUAUAUCAAAUAAUAGAAGAAACAUUUCAAGAAUAUGAAAAAUGUGGAAUAACGGAAAUCGAUUACUUAAACGAGGUAGCAUAUCUCGUAGUACCGAAGCAAUCGCCAUAUUUAGAGAUAAUAAAGAAUGGAGCUAUGAAACUACGAGAAUAUGGGCUAAAAUUCCGUGAUGAAUAUCGCUUAUUUACAAGAAAGCCAAAAUGCACAAAUCCAGCUAAUUUUAUCAGUGUUGGUUUCACGGAAUGCCGGUUUGUGAUUCUUGUAAUGAGUUAUGGAUUCUUGAUUACUUUAAUUGUAUUUGCAUUGGAAUUGGUAUGGCACAAAAUACGAAAUAAAUUUACACAAAAAGAGACGGUUCUAAUUGUAAAAAAAAAUGAAGAUCUCGAAAUUACCGAAUAUAUUGACGUGGAUUUGAAUAGAAUGUUCGUCGCACCGAUGAGGUGGCUGCUCCUGCAGGAUCAAAGAACACUAAACGAUAACGAUGAUAAUGCCAAUUUGACUUUUACAUAUGAUAAUUCGAUUUCGGAGAUUUUCGAGGAUUUAGCCGUCUAUCCUGAUAGUGACAUUGUCUUCGCAAAAAGAUUGGACGGUGAUUUUGUACAACUAACAUCUGUAUAUCGGCCCAGUCCACAGCGAGGAGUCAUAUGGGAAGAUCGCGGAAAUUGGACAGUUCAGAAUGGUCUACGGAUGAAAACUUUCGACGUGGCUUCUACACGCAGAAGAAAUCUUCAACAAACGACUCUUAAAACUACUGUUGUGUUAGGAAACCCCAAAAGUGUCAGUUAUUUGGAUAAUUAUGAAGACUCACAAAAAGAUCCAGCUGGAAGGGCUAAUUUUAACUGGGUACGCCAUAUAGUAAAUCGGAUAAAUGCAACAUUAAAUGUCACAGUUGCAUACCAUUGGGGACAAGUGUUCAAAAAUGGGACCAGUAGUGGACUGGUCGGGAUGCUAAUUCGACGCGAGAUUGAUAUCAGUGGUACUCCUAUGUUUAUUCUGAACGAUCGCGUCGAUAAAGUAAAAUAUAUCAACCUACGCACAAACAUUGGCGCGAAAUUUAUAUUUCGACAACCGUUAUUAUCCAGCGUGAAAAAUAUCUUCAUCUUACCCUUUGAAAGAAAUGUUUGGAUAGCAAUCGCAGUAUUCCUUCUUGUCGUUUUUUGCUUAUUAUAUUUAUCUAUGAAAUGGGAAUAUUAUCGGAAUACAAUGAAAAAAUCGUCAACUACCUGGAAAGAUACUCAUAUCGGCAAUCCGACACUAGGCGAAGAUUUUCUCGUUCUUUUAGGCGCAUGUACUCAACAAGGUUAUUCGUACGAACCAUAUAGAUUUUCAACUCGAAUCAUCACUCUUACGUUAUUGGUAGCCUCAUUAAGUCUUUACACGGCUUACACAGCAAAUAUCGUAGCUCUUUUGCAAUCUCCUGGAAAUUCAAUCAAAACUGUUUCCGAUCUCUUGCAUAGUCAUUUAAUUCUCGGUGCGCAAAAUUACACAGCCACUCAUAAUCUGUUCAAGCAUUAUCAAGAUCCCGUUAGGAAAGCGAUUUUUGAAGAGAAAAUUGAGCCGAAAAGACACAAGGCCAAUUGGAUGGAUGUAGUAGAUGCAACACCUCGCAUAAGAAAUGAAUCAUUCGCAUUUUACGGGUCAGAAUCUCGGAUAUAUCAAAUAAUAGAAAAAAUAUUUCAAGAAUAUGAAAAAUGCGGGAUAACAGAAAUCGAUUACACGAACGAGGUAUUACCACAUCUCGCACUACCGAAGCAAUCGUCAUAUUUAGAGAUAAUAAAGAAUGGAGCCAUGAUACUACGAGAAUAUGGGCUGAAAUUCCGCGAUGAAUAUCGUUUGAUUACGAGAAAGCCACAAUGUUCGAAUCAAGCUAACUUUCUUAGUGUUGGCUUCACGGAAUGCCGAUUUUUAAUUAUUGUAAUGGUUUACGGAUUUCUGAUUACAUUAAUUGUAUUUGCAUUGGAGUUGGUAUGGCACAAAAUGUAA